AUGUUACUGACUUUCGUUUCUCUUGGGCAGCUCCGUAAGAACUCUGCCAAGAUGUUCACUGACUGGAAUGAAACUCAGUGGAAGUCUUUCGCACUGGGUUGCUUCUGGGUCGUUUUGUCCUUUGUAUCUUUUCGAUUAAUACAGUUCUGCGUGAGAUGGUAUUUGUUCGGCAAGUGUACCUUCCGAACAUUUUCAUAUUUCGGUCUGAGAGGCCGCAACAGAAAUACAGACAGUCGGGAACUAACUGCUGUUCCUCCUAAUAAAAAAUGGCGUAUCUCUAAUGAGGUUGUGUCUCUCCUUCACUCGGUCAUCAGUGGAUUAUGGGCCGCCUAUGCUCUUCUCUAUUAUCAGAAGCUGACAGAAGAUAUGAUCGGUUAUCGUUGUGAAUUGGCAGUCAAUUUGCUUUUCCUAUCUGGAGGUUAUCUUCUCCACGAUCUUGUUGAUCUUCUCGUGAACGAGCAGAGUGCUCGUAUUAUGGAGCUGCUCUUCCAUCACUUCAUUGUUUUGUCAGGAUUCACUACAACCCUGAUAACUGAAAAAUAUCUCGGAGUUGUUAUAUUCGGUUUGUUGAUGGAGCUGAAUUCAAUUUUCCUUCAUUCUCGCAGUUUGCUGAAUUUAUAUGGAAUGAACAAGAAGUCUACUUCUUUCCGUAUUAUCGCUCUUCUCAACAUGGUUACUUUAGUACUGUUCCGCUUGGGAGUCUCUAUUUAUCUUCUUUAUUGGGCGUUCACCAAUGUGUCAGCUAUGAAGUGGUAUGUAGGUAUCAUUACUUUCAUCGUCAUUCUCUCUCUCUUCUCUACUAACUCGGUUCUGUCGUACAGAGUUAUGGCUGCUGAUGGUCUAUUAGGCAAGAAAAGAGCUCGUAAGCCUCGAGGGACUGAAUCAACAAUUGUGGAAGGUGAAGCUGUUAACACCAUUGAAGAAAAUGAGGCAGAUGAAGAAGAGGAAGAAGACGUUCCUCAUGAGGUUGCCGUUCAGACAGAUGUCCGUACUCUCGUGGAUUCUUCCACACAGCCAACUAUUGCCUGA